CGGCGAGCGGCUCGCUUCACGCUGGGAAAUUACUCCCCAUUCACUGGUUGCCUGCUCGACGCUGAUUGGCUGCCUCGCUCAGCAAGUACCGGAAGUGACCGGGUGAGGUUGCGCUGAAGCUUGUGAAUGGAAGAGAGUGUGCACUCAUAUUGAUCGAGCUGGGACGAGAAUCAAUAUAGCUGUGUUGGCUCGUGAAACCACCACAGACCAUUCAUCGAAGCUGGAAGAAUACUAGCUAUGGCGACUCCUCUCUUUAUCUCUCCGUGUCGACUCCAGCAAAUGUUGGAAGAAAAACACAACGCGCUGCAGAUUGUGGAUUGUCGAUCGUUCAUGCACUACAACUCCGACAGAAUCUUGACGUCUAUAAAUGUAUAUUGCCCUCCGCUCUUAAGGAAGCGGUACCCUUCGUGUCUUCCACUGGAAUCAGUCGUGUCUCAAGAGACACAAAAGUGUCUUCUACGGCCAAACCUAGAAGCAGUUAUACUGCAUGAUUUGGAUACAGAUGAGUUUUCAAAUGACAGUGCUAAAGCGGAAUUACUUCUAACAGUGAAGAGCCUUGUUCGGCUUGUCGGCAAAAAGAACUUUUUCAUUCUCUCUGGCGGAUUUUUGCGUUUCAAGCGGGACUGCCCAAGGCUAUGUGUUUCCCAUAGCUCGUUGUUCAAGGACCGGAACUUGCUGAACCCACAGCAAGUCCUUCCGUUACCCCCCGGGCGCUUCGACCGCUCCCCCCGGGCCGAAUUAUCCACUAUGGGUUCCCCAGUUGAGCUACUCCCUUACCUAUAUAUCGGAGAUGCAAGUCAUUCAUCCCAACGACAACUUCUCAAAGAGGUUGGAAUCACCGCCAUUUUGAAUGUUUCCACUUCCUGUGAAAAUCAUUUUCCUGAGGACUUCCGGUACAAGGUGAUCCCGGUACAAGAUACAGUGACGGCCGAUCUCCUCACGUGGUUCACAGACGCAAUCAACUUUAUAGAAAAUAUCCGUCUUUCUGGAGGUCGAGUACUUGUCCAUUGCAAGGGUGGAGUGAGCCGAUCCGCCACAAUCUGCCUGGCAUAUUUGAUGUUCGCUCGGUCUUUGGGACUAGAUGACGCCUUUGAUUACGUGAAAUCUCGCCGUGACGUCAUUUCCCCAAACGCGAGUUUUAUGAUGCAGUUGACAUUGUUUGAAAAAGAGAUAAGCAAUCAUAAGACCCCCAAGACACCCACCCCACCAUCGCUUUCACCCUGCAGACUUUACACACACAGUAUGAUGACGUCACCAGAUCACGCGUUCUCCUUUGAUGGUUGUGAUGUUAACAGCGCGUCACCGGAUGUGGACAUGACGCAUGUGCAGCCCUCGUUUCAGUUUCUAUCCAGUCCCGUCGUGUCCACGUCAUGAGGUCACUGGAUUCUGACAUCCGGGUCAAAAGGUCAUGAGAUGACCUUGACACCAUCCCUAAUAUUGUGUUCAAGGACAAAUGUGCAAUUCUGUUCCAACAUAUCUAUUUUGAAAAUAUUGUUAUUUAUUGUUGGGUUUUUCCCUUGAUUGACCUACCAAAGACAAUAUGGUUGGACCAUUACCCUUCCUCAAUGAUUCAACAUUGGUUUGGUCACGUUUAUGAUCUCUUGAUCAGAUUGUGAACUCUACAGGGAGAGUUGUGUGAACUCCGCUUUCAACGAUAAACAAAUAAUAUGAUCCCUUGAAUAUAUGUUGUGCUGGCCACCACUAUAGGGGACAUCUCAAAAGGUGUAAAGAUAUAUUUGUUCUUUUCAUACUUAAUCAAAAUUUAUAGUUAUUAUUUAAUUAUUUGUUACGUACAUUUGUGAAACUUUGUGUUUUUUAAAUCUAUUUUUUUUUAUUUCGAUAAUACGACCUUUUGAGACGUCCCUUAAGCAUGAAAGCUUGUUUGGGGGGACGCCCGUCUAGUUUCACAAUGUCUAUGCAUACACUUAUAGAUAUUGCGUCAACGGGCUAUUUGUGUAUUUUCACCUCUUUCAAUAUUUACAUUUCAAUCUUUAUUGUUCUGUUGGAUUGUUCUUUGAAUAAUGGUGAGAUUAUAUUUCAUCCCUAAAUUGUCCUGAUGUAUACGUUCAACGUUGGGAUAUGACCUGUUUCUGCAUCCAUAGCUUACCGCAAUGCAUUAUCAAUGCAAGUUGAUGCACAUCGUAUUACAAUAAUUCAUAAUAUCAUAAUCAUGGAAUUUUACUUCAAAUUAGAGUUCAAAUUAUAUACCUCUCGGCAUUUAGAAGCAUUUGAAAAGUUCAAUAUUUUAACUUAAUUUGUUUGUUAUAAGAUGACCAUGUUGUUUUAUUGUGUUUUCAAACUUUACUAGGUCACUGCAAUAUGUACAUUCAUGAUGUAUCGGUUAAGGCUCAGUUCGCUAAUGAUUUCUUUUGAAAACACAGUAGAUUCAAAAUUCCACAUUUGAUACCUUUCAACAACCUUUUAUUUUAACCAAAUUUCAUUUCGAUUUUCUACUGGGUCAAAUGAAAUCGAUUACUUAUCAGACACUUCUAUCAAUCAUCCCAAUAGCAACUCAACCCUCCGUCCAAAAUAUCGACCUAACUGUAAAAAAUACUUUAACAAAGAAUCUCUAGUUUGGUAUAAGGAUUGAAUGAAUGGUUGACUUAAAGUUUGUGUGAAUGAUAUUUAUUUCAGAUAGGGACUGUAAUAUACCUUACACUACGCUUUAGCUGGCAAUGUCUGACUGGUUUCGUUGACGUAUUGGUGUCAAAGUCACUGCACUUUAGAAAUUGACACGUUAAUGAACUGUACAUGUGGUUGAUUAGCUGUUUGGAGUGUAAUUACCCGACAUCCCUUGCAUACGAGGUGUAAUUGUGUCAAUUGUAAUACCUUGCCGUGUACUUGACAUUCCCGCAACCCUUUCAAUACUGUCAAAUGGCGUGUCUUCAGAUGUUUCAUAUUUUUGUAAGAGUUACAGAUUAUGUGCCAAUAAACCUCACUCGAAAUAUA